UUAUCAGAUUGUUGUUGUUCGUGACUGAAAGGCAAGGUGGUCUUUGCCUCACUCUCUCAGUCUCUUAUAUUUUCAAGUAUUUCCAUGUCAUCAGCACAUCGCGGUGUGAACACCUGCUGCUGAGGAUGUCUGUCACCACCAAGAAGAAGCAUGUGGAGCGGGAACUGUACGAAGACUUCAGCCUCCCUCAGGAACACCAGUCCAUUGUCCGGGUCUUGAAACCAUGUGGGAAUAAUCUUCAUCAGGUGACAACACCCGAGGGAGAGGUGUUUCUGGCCUCCAUGCCCCACAAAUUUCGUAAACAUGUGUGGAUCAAGCGCGGCAACUAUGUUGUGACAGAGCCCAUACCAGAGGGAAACAAGGUGCGGGCAGAAAUUGUACGCAUCCUGAUGAAGGACCACAUUCGACACAUCAGGGCAAACAACAUGUGGCCCACAGCCUUCUCAGAACUGUGUGAGGAGGAGAGAGACAAGCUUUGCGUUGCUCCCCAAGACAUCAGAGUCAGCAAAGACAGCUUAAGUGGUUCUGACAAUGAUGACUUGAUGAAAAACCCAAACCGACCCAGAGUGUCAUAUCCUGACUCUGAGAGUGAUUCCAAUAGUGAUGGUGAAGACAGUGAGUGUGAUGGCAGUGAAGACAGUAAGUGUGAUGGAAAUAAAGGCAGCGAAUAUGAUAGCAAUGCAGGUAGUGAUUGUGAGACCAGUGGAGACAGUGACAAAGUUAAAAAAUAAAUUAUGUAAAUAAAAUACACUAAAGAG